UUAGUGAAUUGUCACUUUCAAUUUAAUAGAUGCUGAUUGAACAUUUGAACAAUGAGAUAACCUUAUCUGUCAAUUUCCAAUGGAGAAGCUGCCACAUCAGAUUCAUGCAAAUAUGCCCAAAAUGUCCACCUCUCAUUCCACGCAUGCCUCCACCGCCCUUUCCACUCAAAGCAAAACGCAAAAUCACACCAAACCCAUUUCCUAAUUAUACACACAAGCAUCAAGCAAGUUAAGAGCUAGCAGGGGAAGAAGAAACAACCUAUAGAAAAGGAAUGGCUUCCACUUCUGCAGUUUCAGUGGCAAUGCCACUAACUUACACCAGCCAGAAGAGGGUGGUGAUGAAUAGCUCCGAGGCAUUCUUCAAUCCACCGCCUCUUCGGUCUUCAAAGGCUACGGAAUCUUUGAAACGCAAUGGAAGAUUUCAAGUUAGGGCUUCCAUGAAGGAGAAAGUUGUAUCGGGGCUCACAGCGGCAGCAUUGACAGCUUCAAUGGUGGUUCCUGAUGUGGCUGAAGCGGCCGUUUCACCUUCUCUCAAGAACUUCUUGCUCAGCAUUGCAGCUGGGGGAGUUGUGGUUGUAGUCAUUAUAGGUGCGGUGAUCGCUGUGUCCAAUUUCGAUCCCGUCAAGCGACGCUGAUAAAUUUCUGUUGUGCUGCUCGGGACCUUUUUUUUUCCUUUUCUUAUCAUGAUGUGUAUAUCAGUAUAUGUAAUGUUCUUCAGUAAUGAAUUGAACUGUCUUGUGUGUUAACUAAUAUCUAACUUUUGAACUCAACUUGAGCAGAAGCUUCUCAAUUAUUUAAA